AUGGCGACUUGUGCUUCUGUUCGGGUUUGCGACGUUCCAAUUGAUUUGGACGGCACCUCUACAGAAUUUACCCUGUUGGAUUUCUUUGAGCAAGAGCAAGACCAAAAGGCGACCUCUACACAACAACAACAAGUACCACUCCCUCCUCAGAGACAAGCGAGUACGACACCUCGUCACCUCCUACCUCCCCACUCGUCAAUAGCGCCAAGUGUUGGUGGACACAUUCCCCCAACAAGGGGUGUGUGA